AGGAGCGCGCCGGGAGUGCCGCCGCCACCACGGUGCAGCGCGCCAACGCCAGCUGGUCCUGCACGGAGCAGAACGGAGGGGGCUGCCUCGACUACCAGUGGGGUGGGGGCGGGCCUCGCGGCGAGGAGACACGCUGUGGACUCCCAGCGGGGCAAGCUGCAGCUCGCCGAGGACGGAUUCUGUACAUCCACGGCGGCAGCUGGCUGUAUGGGACACGAGGGCCCAACUUCGAAUGGUUACCCUUCGCUGGCGUCGAAGAUCGCAGCGCGCUCUGAGGCCCUCGUCCUCGUGAUCGACUACCCCCUGGUGCCCAUCGGCAACUACAGCGCCAUCAUGCACUGGUCCCUGCGGGCCUUCGAGUGGCUCGCCGCGCACGGGCCGCUCGGCGCCGCCUGCCCGCCGCAGCCGCCGCCCGUGCUGCUGCUGGGCGGCGACUCGGCCGGGGGCGGCACCGCCGCCUCGCUCGCCCUCCGGCUGCAGGCCGAGCGCGACCGCUGGCCCCCGCUCGCCGGCGUCUUCCUCUUCUCGCCCGUGGACGAACCUGGUGUCCGACACCCCGACGUACUACUACAACAGCUUCGCCAGGCGGCCCCUCGGCGCGGGCGGCAGCGGCCUCCAGGCGUACACGGGGGACAUCAUCUUCCCGGGCACGCCGGUCCAGAACUCGAGGAUCUCGGGGGAUCUACAGGGACGUGGCGGUCGGCUACGUGGCGCGCGACGAGGCGAUGCUCACGGACCCGGUGGCCUCUCCCUUCUUCGCCGGCGAGGCCGAGUUCGGGGAGGCCUCGGCGCCCAUGUACGUUGUGGUGAGCGAGACCGAGCUGAUCGCUGGGGACAGCGUGGUGUUCGCCACGAAGGCCUCGCGGCACGGCGUGGAGGCCCACCUCGAGAUGUUCCCGGGCAUGUGGCACGACUUCCCGAUGUACUCGGAGGGCUGCGGCACCGGCCGCCCGCUCUGGCAGGCCCAG